GUGGAACUUCUAAAAAAUAAGAGAAGAUCCACCCACCGUUAGAUUCAGGGAAUCAUGACUGCCCAGAGAUCCCCCACUCCCUCCUUAAACUGAGCGAUUCUGUUUGAUGAUUCCUUGCAUUUCCUCGGAAUCUCUGCAGUUAAAAAAGAAGGAAACAAAGAAAUAACCUCGUAUUUGCAGUUAUAACUACCCCGAAGAUCCCACUUUUCUUUUACCAACCGCUUCUUCCUCCUAUUAUGAUCUGAUGAUGAACUGAGACUUUAGUGAAAAAGAUAACUUUUUGCAGAUUUCUUGGAAACUUUUGCAGACUUCAUGGAGUGAGAUUCUUUUCAGAUUCCUGAAUCUCAUAGUGGACCCUACAAGAUUCCACAAUCAAGCACAGGUGCUUAUACUGUCUCUUUCAACCGCAAGAGUAGGAUUUUGUGGGAAUAAUUAUUCUUGUCUCAUCCAUUAAUAGUAGCACUUAAAGGGGAGAAAAUGUAUUUAGUGGAGAGCAAAGGAGGGGCUAUACUGUGCAUGUUGUUGGCUCUCUUAUUACUGGGAACAUGGCCAGCAUUGUUGACCUUAUUGGAAAGGCGAGGCCGUCUCCCUCAACACACUUAUCUUGAUUACACACUCACUAAUCUCUUGGCUGCCGUUAUUAUCGCUUUCACUUUCGGCCAGAUUGGAUCGGAAACCCCCAAUUUCCUGACCCAACUUACUCAGGACAAUUGGUCAAGUGUGUUGUUUGCAAUGGGAGGUGGGGUGGUGCUCAGCCUAGGAAACCUGGCAACUCAAUAUGCAUGGGCAUUGGUUGGCUUGUCAGUCACAGAGGUGGUUAGUUCAAGCAUUACUGUGGUCAUAGGAACAACGUUGAAUUACUACCUGGAUGACAAAAUCAACAAAGCUGAGAUUCUUUUCCCAGGCGUUGGAUGCUUCUUGGUCGCAGUUUGUCUAGGCUCUAUCGUUCAUGCAUCUAAUGCUGCUGAUAACAAGAGAAAGCUUGGUAGUCUCUCUGGUGAUUCUACCAACAAUGCUGCUUGGAACCGAAGCACAUCAGUCUCUGGUGAGACUCAUAAGAACUCAGUUGGAAAAAGUGAUUUGGAGAAUGGAGUUCACUCUGUGGAGAAGGCAAAAUUUGGAACAGCACUCUUUCUGAUAGAGCUUGAGAACAAAAGGUCAAUUAAGGUUUUAGGGAAGGGGACUAUGAUUGGUUUGGGGAUAACAUUAUUUUCCGGCCUGUGCUUUUCUCUCUUCUCACCCGCGUUCAACCUGUCUACCAAUGAUCAGUGGCAUACACUUAAACCUGGAGUUCCCCACUUAAGUGUCUACACUGCAUUUUUCUACUUUUCAGUCUCUUGUUUUGUGCUUGCUAUUAUUCUCAAUAUCAGUUUUCUGUACCGCCCCGUGCUAAACGGGCCCAAGUCGUCCUUUAAGGCCUAUCUGUCCGACUGGGAUGGUCGAGGUUGGGCCUUGUUGGCAGGCCUAUUCUGUGGGUUUGGGAAUGGGCUCCAAUUCAUGGGAGGCCAAGCUGCUGGCUAUGCAGCUGCUGACGCAGUUCAGGCACUACCACUUGUUAGCACAUUUUGGGGAGUACUUUUAUUUGGAGAAUACCGAAGAUCAUCGAGAAGAACAUAUGUGUUUCUAUUUGGGAUGUUGUUUAUGUUUAUCGUGGCUGUCGGGGUCCUGAUAGCUUCGGCAGGGCAUCGGAAGUGAUACAAUGGAGGAGCAAAAGCGGAGUAAUAAUUGUAAUUUCUUAUUUUGGGGAAACAUUCAUGGUUACAUGCUGCAACAAGGUUUUAAAGCAAAUGCACCAGAAAAGAGUCCCCUUUGAAGACAUGGAGGAGAAUGUAAAGUUGUUUGUCUUGCAAUUAUUUAGCAAAGUCUGUAAAAGUGUAAAACCACAUACAUUAUUAUUAUGGGUAAUAUAUUGGGCAAGCAAAUAGCAAAUACUCUGUGGUGCCUUGACUCUACACAAGGAUGCAAAUUGGAGAGAAAGUUGCCAUGUUAGUAUAGUGUGUUACUGUGUUUGAUCACCCCCACCAUUGUUAAAAGACCAAAAAUGGGCAUUGUCAUUUUAUUGAGUACCCUUAGCUUUGGGUGUAC